ACUUCUGGGCACAGGUGGGUGGCACUGCUGGGCACAGGUGGGUGGCACUGCAGGGUACAGGUGGGUGACAAUGAUGGGCACAGGUUAGUGGCACUGCAGGGCACAGGUGGGAGGCACUGAUGGGAACAGGUGGGCGGUACUGAUGGGCACAGGUGGGUGGCACUGAUGGGCACAGGAGGGUGGCACUGAAUGAUCACCGGUGGCGCCUGGUUCGCGCUGCUGGUGGCGCACAGGGAGCAUGUUCUGGAAUGA